AUGACCUUUUUAUAUUUUUACAGUAACCGAGUGUUUACUCACACUGAGAAGAAAAUGAUGGAGCUUGACAGACUGAAACUAUUGGCCAACAAACACCUUGGACGUCUUCAUCAGCUCAAGAUGCGCUACAUUGAUUGGUUUAACCGGAAGCACCAGUCAUUUCUGGAUUCCAUCAAGCUCAUUCAUACUCUUGGCGGCUCAUUACUUCCGUUUGAAGUCGACACCAUACGUCAUUACAGGCGCGUGCGCGACCUAUCUCGGAGAUUCCCGCGGAACGGGACUCCGCGAGACUCUAGUCCCGUGAAAAUGGACGAGUUUAUAUCAUUUUGGGAAGAAUUGUAUAUGCUUAAACUUGAGAACGAUGCUUUGUUUGAUAGUGUUGAGCAUUUCUGUCACAGUAUCCGAAGACUAAGACAGCCGGAAAUCAUGGAUGAAAUAGACAGACUGCAUUAUAAACUAAAUUUGUUCUGUGCGGAAGAUUUCAAGUUCACAGAGCUGAACAACGAACGUGACAAUUUGUUUACUUAUAAGGUAGCCCCACACGACCACAAAUAUCACGGUUUAAUGAACUUCAUACCAUUUCUCCUUGGUUACGCCACCCGGUUAUGUUACUGGACCAGUAAGUUAUUUAUAGAAAAAUCCUAACAUGCAAUAUAUUGGAAUGUACAAGUGGUGUAAACACGUGACUUUGAACAGCAUUCUGAUUGGCAAAGAAAACUUUUUAUAUAAAAGACAGGGAUAGUCGAAAGUUCAAAUAUUCAAGUGCUUGUCAAUCAGCAUUCUUAUUGGCCACGUGACUUUCAGACGGCGUCCGAGUUACGGGUACAAAACUAAGAAUGCACCAGACAUAAACUGCAGUGCCCCAUACAUUUAUUUACAUUAUAUUUAUUUAUUCUUAAACAUGGAGUACAUUUUAAUGUUCUAUUUAUUAUACCGAUCUACCCUUCGUCUGUGCCACGCUGCAGAUGGAUUUUAUGAUUCCCUGACUUGGUUUAAGUUGGAAUGCAUCUGUAGAAGAGAUAGUAUUAAUGAAGACAUAUUUAUUCAAGGGUUCUCGAUCACUAUAAGUGUCUCAAUUAUUAUCAGUACUCCGUAAUUUUUAUAACUGAAGUAUUGGACACAUUUGUUUGAAUGUGGAGCCCCUGUGAAUCGCUGAGCGAAAUCCCCAAACUGUCUGUGAUACGAUACAAUAUAAAUGUUGUGAUUAUGACAAUGAA